AUGCACUUCACCUCAUUCGUCGCCACCUCUAUCGUCAUCGCAGGCCUGUCCGCCUCCGCGUACGGCCAUGCUGCUGCGCAUCCCGCAUUGGGAAUCAAGGAACCCAUGCAGCGCAGGGAUGUCAGACGCCCUAAUGCCCAAAAUCCUUGCGGUGCAGGAGUAAACAUCGCACAAAAUUUGGAUACAACUCCCGCUAUUCCUGUCAACGCCGAUGGGUCUUUCUCUGUCGUCGUAGAAAAUUACAACGCAGGACUUGACGGGUCUCGCCAGUUCACUAUGUCUGUGGACGCGACAGCGACCGGCAGCAACUUCGUUCAAGGUACCAUUACCAAGAACGGUGUUAGAGUGAGUAUCGCCCCCGCCAAGGAGACUAUUCAAGCUCAACUCCCAGCCGGUACUACAUGCACUGGCGGUUCCACAGGCAACAAAUGUAUCGCGCAAUUCUUGAACGCUGCAAGUCAGAAAUUUGGUAAUUGUGUCGUGCUUCAACAAGGGGGCGCCAAUGCGAACGCAAACGCAAAUGCCAACGCAAAUGCCAACGCCAACGCUUCUGCAGGUGCUGCUGCAGGCGGUGCCGCCGCAAACAGCAACGCCCAGGCCAACGCUGCUGCUACGGCUAGAGUCGCUACCGUCAAUACCAACAACCGCAACAAGUCGGCGACAAAUCGUAUGGGCACCGCACAGCGAACGAAGACGAACACCAACAAUAGGACGGCCAAUAACAAGAAUCGCGUCGCCAAAACCAGGGUUCAGGCCAAUGCCAACGCCAACGCCAACGCGAGUGCUCAAGCCAAAGCCAACGCUGGGGCCAACGCUCAGGCCAACGCCAACGCCAACGCCAACGCCCAGGCCCAGGCGAAUGCUCGAGCAAAGGCAACCGCCCAGGCCAAUGCCAACGCCCGAGCAAAAGCUAGUGCUCAGGCCAACGCCAACGCCCGCGCCAAAGCAUCCGCCCAAGCUAGCGCAAAUGCCAGAGCAAAAUCCGCUGCUCAAGCCAACGCCAACGCUCGCGCCAAAGCUACUGCUCAGGCCAAUGCCAACUCUCGCGCAAAGGCUUCUUCCAAUGCCCAGGCCAACGCCCACGCCCAAGCGAAUGCGAAUGCCCGUGCUAAAGCUACCGCUCAAGCCAAUGCAAACGCUCGCGCCAAGGCCAAUGCUCAGGCCAAUGCCCGCGCCAAAUCCACCGCCCAAGCCAACGCCAACGCUCGUGCUAAGUCUACUGCUCAGGCCAAUGCCAAUGCCCGCGCCAAAUCCGCCGCUCAGUCCAACGCUAAUGCCAAUGCUCGCGCCAAAGCUUCUGCUCAAGCAAGCGCCAACGCCCGUGCCUCCGCCAAUGCUGCCGCCAACUCAAGAGCUCGCGCCGGUGCUUCUGCUCAAGCCAGUGCUAAAUCGUCUGCCUCAGCCAAUGCUGGUGGCCGCAACCGCAACACGAACUUCGUUUCCGCUUCGUCUUCAGCCGUCUCUGCAGGUGGCCGCACGACGCUGAGGACUGCCGUUAAUAACAAUGGCAACCGUGUCGCCGCAGUCAAGAGCUUCGGUCGCGCCCGACGAUCCUAUGGCGCUCGUGCCCCUCGCGCUUUGCUUGAGGAGGUUGAUUCUGUCACCCGCGAUGUUACCGAGGAUGGCUCUGAAGAAUGGGUUGAUGUUGAUGACCAAGAAAACACCCUCCUUGCCCGCGCUGAGAAUCUAGGCCUCGAGGAUUGCGGCGAAGACAUCGCCGCCGUCCCUGCGCAACCCCGCUCCCUUCCUGAGGACGACGAUGACGACUGCGGCGAGGAAGUUGCUGACGUCCCCAACCAACCCCGCGCCCUCGCUGAAGACGAUGGCGAGGAUUGUGGUGAGGAAGUCGCGGAUGUCCCUAACCAGCCGCGCUCCCUCUCAGAAGAUGAGGAUGACAGCUAUGUCGAUAUUGAUGAUGAUGAUGCCAAACUUGCUUCCCGUGCUGAAGCAGAUGUCGAAGAGGCCGUCGAAGAGGCCGUCGAAGUUGUCCGCCGCUCUUUGUUGAGUUGGAUGUGGGCUUGA